AUGCGUUGCAUCAGUCUCGCUCUACCCUUGCUCUUACAGCUCGGUAUCGCCGCUGCCACCUACACUUUGAACGAGGUCAAGUCCCAGAUCUCAUCCUACUUGGACCAGAAUAGCAUCCAUGGGCAACGGUUUGGUCCUCUAUCGGGCUGCCAACUUGCAUGUGGCUUCCUUGACUUCACCUUGCCCAGGCAUGUGUCAUAUCCGCAAAGCCCUGUCUACGAGUUCGAAGAGUCGCGGUACUGGUCGCAGCAGCAAGAACUCACGAGACCUACUUGUCGCUUCUCUCCCACAUCGGCAGAAGACGUAUCUCUAGCCGUGUUGACCUUUCGCGUCAUACGUUGCAAGUUUGCAGUCAAGAGUGGUGGCCAUGCUGCUUUCGCAGGUGCCUCGAAUAUCGACAGUGGCGUGACAAUCGAUCUCAUUCAUCUCAACCAUCUUGCUCUCUCUGAGGACAAGACUCAGGCGUCAAUUGGCGCUGGAAAUGUGUGGUAUGACGUGUACACAUAUCUGCAGCCUGAGAACGUUACCGUGAUCGGGGGAAGGGUGUCUGCUAUUGGCGUCGGGGGUUUGACUCUCGGAGGCGGCAUGUCCUUCUUCUCUAGCCAGCACGGAUGGGCUUGUGACAACGUGAACGCUUACGAGAUUGUGCUUGCAGACGGGUCAAUCCGUGAAGUCAGCUACUCGUCCCAAUACUCUGACCUAUACUGGGCGCUUCGUGGCGGAGGAAACAACUUCGGCAUCGUAACACGAUUCGAAUUAGCGGCAUAUCCCCAAGGUGACCUCUGGGCGGGCUCGGAGACUUUCCUGUAUACCAACGAGACUGCGGCUGCCAUCAACAGCGCGUUUUAUUACCUCGGCAUCAAUGCGCCCUCUGAUCCAUAUGCCCAAGUCAUCAUCGCAUAUGCGUAUGCUCAGUCACAAGAUGUCUACAUUAUUGCGUCGGACCUCCAAUAUGCGAAGCCAAUUCCGAAUCCACACAUCUUGCAAAACUUCACGUCAAUAGCCGGUGCCAUCUCCAGUACACUUCGCAUUGUUGAUCUGGCGAAUCUAACCGUCGAGUUCAACAAUACCAAUCCGGGCGGCUUCCGGCAAACGUACUGGACUUUUACAGUCCAAAACAGUGCUUGCCUCAUGGCGGACCUGGUCGCGAUUUAUAUGGAGGAAGUGGAGUCUGUCAAGGAUGCUGUGGGAAUCGUUCCCUCAAUUGUCUUCCAGCUCAUCACCACCGACAUGACUCAACAUUUCUCUCGAAACGGCGGUAACCCCCUUGGACUUGAUGGCCAGGGCCCUUUGAACCUGAUCAAUAUUGACAUAUCUUGGUCUGACGCUGCUGAUGACGAGCGUGUUUUAGCUGUCGCGAAGAACAUUGUAGACCGGUCUACCAAAACUGCACGUACUCAGGGACUUGAUCAUCCGUACCUGUAUCAAAAUUACGCCUCAUACCAACAGGACGUCUUUGCCGGUUAUGGAAAAGAAAACCUCGCCAAAUUGAGGUCUAUAAGUACAAAGUAUGACCCCCAGCGAGUUUGGCAGCAGCUGCAGCCAGGAUACUUUAAGUUGUAA